AUGGAAAAAUGGAAAGAUUUUUCACUCUCGAAGGAAGAAGAAGAAAGAGUGGUCGUGGGUGAGGGUGAACUUUUUGAAGACGAAUCGCUUCAGAGAACUCUAGCUGGGAAACUGUGGACGGAAAGUAAUUUCAAUAGCAGAGCCUUCAAGAGCACAAUGCUAAACGCAUGGAAGCUAAAGCACACAGUGGAAGUCCAAGAUCUAAACAAAAAUCUUUUCAUCUUCAAGUUCAGCUCGAAGAGAGACAUGGAAUACGUACUCAAAACUGGACCCUGGAGCUUUGACAGAGCCCUUCUUGUUCUAAAACGCAUCUCAGGAGAAGAACAACCCUCUGACCUUGACCUGCACUUCAGCUCCUUCUGGGUUAGAAUUUACGAUCUUCCCCUUAUACUCAGAUCUAAAACUAUGGCUAGAAAACUGGGAAAUAUCAUAGGCACCUUUGAAGAGAUGGACGCUAGAGAAGCCCACAGGAAUGGUAGGUUCAUGCGUCUAAAAGUCAAUAUGGAUUUGAAGGAACCUUUAAAGUGUGGCACAAUUGUAUCCUUUAAAGACAAGAAGAUUAGGGUCCAUUUCAAAUAUGAAAGGCUCCCCAUUUUCUGUUUCAUAUGUGGGAGAAUGGGUCACCAGAUUAAGGACUGCGAAGCGGUGGAAGAACUCAAUGAUGAGGGUUUUGAAGAUAUCGAAGAACAGGAUCUAGCCUUUGGUCAAUGGUUGAGGGCUUCUCCGUUACCGAAACUCACCGACGAUUUCAAAAAGCGUGAAUCAAGUUCUAGCUUAUGCAGUAGGGAACUAUUCAACGCGUCAUCUAGCCAGAGUCAAUGUGAAGCAAAAGGGAAAGACAAUGGAGAGGACCUAGAAGUUCAUCAAAUACAACCAUCUCCAAAUCAACAAAGUAGCGGUAACAAGGGAGAAAGGGACGCCUCCAAAAACAACAUGGAUGUGGAAACAGUGGCAGAAACUCUGGGUGCAGUCAUGCUGUCUACCAAUAAACACUCAACUAACAAAGUCCCAAAGGCUGUAGGAGAGCAACAAAGGAAGUGGACGCGCAGAAAUCCAACAAAGCAAUCAAAGGUCAAUUCCGGGAAAGCUUCUAAACCCAAGAUUGGGAAACGCCAAUUGAUGGAUGUGAUGAUAACAGAGGGACCCUUGGAUGAAUAUGUUAACGGAGACAAAAAAAAGGAAAUAGGCCGAGGUAGAAGGAAAUCAUCAAAGACUUCAAACAGAGGUGGUGUUGGACGACCAACACCGCCUACACCAAUGAAAACCAUUAGCUGGAACUGCCGGGGAUUGGGGAGCCCCCGUGCAGUUCGAGGCCUUGCGAGGCUUCUAAAGGUGGAGAAUCCCCAGCUUGUCUUGUUGAUGGAGACACGUUUCAAGAAAGAUGAAUUGGCUAUUCUGAAACAGAGAUUUAAUUUUAAGUUUGAGGUGUCAGUGGACUGUAGGGGAAAUGGAAGAAAUAGAGCCGGAGGAUUGUGUUUAUGGUGGAAACAGGAUCUUGAUAUUGAUAUUAUUUCUUACUCUCAAAAACAUAUAGCUGGUAGCUGUAAACAGGAUGACGAAGAUGAAUGUUGGUCCUUUGCGGGUAUUUAUGGUUAUCUUGAGGAAGUAAGGAAAAAGGAGACGUGGAGUCUGAUUCAAGAAUUACGUGAGCAAGGUAGUAAUAGGAUGAUCUUCUUUGGUGAUUUGAAUGAUACAGUGUCCAUUGCUGACAAGAAGGGAGGCAAUAGCAGAUCUGCAUCUCAAUUCUUAUGGGGCAGGAACACCAUGGAGAUUUGUGGCCUUCAAGAGGUGAGCUUUGAGGGCUACCCCUUUACUUGGUCAAAUGGGAGAGAAGGUGAAGCGAACAUCCAAUGCAGAUUGGAUAAAAGUCUUGUUUCUUACGAAUUCCUACAGUACUUUCCCCUCACCAGAGUUGUUCAUUUGGAGCGAUUUUGUUCCGAUCAUGCCGCUCUUCGAAUCCUUAUUCAAAAGGAAGCUGUUCCGGAGAAAAGAAGAUACUUGUUCCGCUUCGAGGAAGCUUGGUCUAAGGAAUCAAAAUGCGAGGAUUUAAUCAAACAACUUUGGUAA